UUCCGUUUUCGAAAGCAAAAUGGUUUGAAUUUUUAAAUCUUAAGAGGAAUGGUGCUGUGAUUGUGUGAGGUUUUUUUUACAAUUUUAUAGUAUAUACAAAACAUAAAAAUAAAAAUGGAGAAAAAUUAUGAAAAAAUUAAAGAUCCUAAAGAGUGUUGCUCAGCUAGAAACGUUCUUUGGUACUUAGUCUUCUUUGGGUUUGCUGUAAAUUACAUGAUAAGGAUUAACCUUAAUAUAGCAAUAGUUGCUAUGGUACAGGCCAAACCUAAGAAUAAUGUAUCACUUACAAGUGAAUGUCUAAUGAAAAAUCAGCUAGCAAUAAAUAUGACUAGGUAUAGGCGUGAUGUGGAUUUUUCGCCUAAUCGUAAUGUAUCAUUAAGUACUUUACCCAUUUUGGCAAAAAAUAACGAUUCCACAAAUGCAUAUACUACACUGUCCCCUAAAGAAAGCAUGACGUUAUUCCCUAAAACCUUGAGUAUUGCCAAUAAAAAUAUUCAACAAGAAUUUAGUAAUGAAGAAAGAGGAUUUGCAUGGGAUGAAAAGAUUCAAGGUUAUAUUCUUGGCAGCUUUUUCUGGCUUCACUGGACAACCCAAAUACCAGGUGGACUUUUGGCAAGCAAAUAUGGUACUAAAAAAGUAUUUGGCUUUUCAAACUUUGCUGGAGUUGUAUUUUGUUUUUUUAUUCCUUAUUUUGCAAAAUUUGGAGCUUAUUCGUUAAUGGCACUUCGACUUGUGCAAGGAAUACUAUGUGGCUUUGCGUGGCCUUCAAUGCAUGAUAUGACCGCAAGAUGGAUCCCUCCAAAUGAAAGAAGCAAAUUUGUUACUGCUUAUUUAGGUAGUUCUGUGGGAGCUGCAAUGACCUAUCCAAUUUGCGGUUUUAUAAUCGACAAAUGGGGUUGGCAAUACGUAUUUUAUGCCAGCAGCGCUUUUGGUACCGCAUGGUUUAUUGCUUGGUGGUGUUUGGUGCACGACAGUCCCAGUCAACAUCCUAGGAUAUCUGAGGGAGAAAAGGAGUAUAUUUUAAAAUGUUUAGGCCAAAGUGUUGCAAAGAAAAAGGCCCCAGUACCAUGGUCCCAAAUUCUAAGAAAUUCUACGGUCUGGAUGAACGUACUGGCUCAAGCGGGCGGCACAUGGGGUCUUUUUACUUUAAUGACCCAAGCUCCAACCUAUUUUAAGUUUAUCCAUGGAUGGAACAUAAAAGCUACUGGUGUACUAUCGGGUCUGCCUCACCUACUGCGUAUGCUUUGGGCUUUUGUAUUUUCUCAGGUUGGAGAUUAUCUCCUUCGAUCAAAUAAAAUGAGCAGGACUAAUGUUCGAAAGCUAGCCACAGCUGUGUGUUGCAUCGGACAAGGAGUUUUUAUGAUGGCUUUAGCAUAUUCUGGGUGCGAUUCGACUAUAGCUAUAGUUUUCCUUACGUUAGCUGUUGCUAUUCAUGGAUCUGUAUCUACUGGACCUUUGGCGAGCGUUGUAGAUAUAAGCCCUAAUUAUGCAGCUGUUCUUAUGGGGCUCCUAAACACAGCAGCAGCAUUUGUCGGAUUUUUUACACCAGCAGUUGUAGGAUAUUUAACAUAUCAAAAUCAAACAACACCCCAAUGGCAAAAAGUCUUCUGGAUAUCUAGUUCUUGGCUAUUCCUAAGCGGCUUGCUCUAUGUUUUUAUUGCCAAAUCUGAGUUACAGCCCUGGAAUUCGCCUGAAAAAAACGAACAACCUGAAGAGGAGCUGAUGGUAGUGAAAACUGAAAAAUAUGUGGAGAAUAAUAAAAAAUAAAUGCACUAAAAUAUUUUGUA